GUAGUUACAGCACAAUUCCACUGCACACGCUUACUCAAACCAGAGAAUCAGGCACCCUCGCGCUCUCGCGCUUCUUACAAAACCCUUACACGGUCGCGGCCGGCCGACUUCGCUAUGGCAGGCUCACGACGACGUCUUAAGCGGAAUGCGCCUAAAGUUAAAGUCGCACUUGUGAAGAAGAAGAGAGAUGAGAAGACGACGUUGCCGAAGGAAAUUUCGUUCGGGUCUGGAAUGCCUGAGCUGCAGAAGCGUCUAAAACAAAGCGUGGACUGGGACGAGAAGGACACACUGGAUGAGAACUACGCGCGCAACUCGCUGGUGGCCGACCCCAACCUGCUGCUGGGCCGCAAGGCCAAGCAGACGCCGCUGGUGGACCCCGAGCAGCGGCGGGCGGCGGGCGAGGAGACCUACUCGGACGACGAUGAGCAACGAGCGGCACUGAAGCAGCCGCGGAAGAGCGGCAAGGCGCCCCCGCCGCGGAUAACCAGCACACAGCGGGAGGUCAUCAAGGCGCUGAUGGACAAGCACGGCGAUGACACCAAGGCCAUGAUGCUUGACACCAAGCUGAACAAGAUGCAGCACAGCCAGGGGGAGCUGAAGCGGCUCAUAGAGGCGUUCCACUUCUGGGGGCCCAACUCCAAACACGACUUCUGGAGCGAGAAGAAGCCGCCAAAGAAGCUCCUCAACUGCCGGAUCCUGGCGUAGGCGGACUUGGCUCCUUGCGCGCGCAUGGAGUAACACUGCUUGGGUUGGACUGCUGCGCGUGCCCGCCUGGAUGUGUGCUGCCUUCGUGGAUUGGAUGGUUGCAACGGCACCCCGUCCACCGCGCGCCUGCUGUGGCAGCACGCGGCUUCAGCUGCAUGCCGUAGGGGCCGAUAGACAUGGCAUAGUCACGGCUGGCUGUGGGCACAGCGGGGCGGUAUAUGUGUGGUCAUGGCUGAUGCAUGCAUGCCAUUUGCGGUUGAUAGCCGCAUCAGUUGCAGAAUGAGCUGUGCGCGUGGCAUCUGAGUAGGCUUGCGCUCUGAUGUCAAUGUCCAACCCAAGGGUGGCUGCGCGAGCUGCUGUGCUGGUGUGCACAUGGACAUGCCAAAGCAGCGCACGGGUGAUUGGGCUGGCCAUCGUAGUUUGUCAUGGACGAGGCAAGGAAUUGCAGCUGCUCGAGUUGGAUGAUCGGGCGCUGGCUCGGCAAAGCAAUACCGGUACGCAGCUGCAGUAUCAUGCAACAGCUUGCGCCGGAACACACUUUUACAAUUAGUUACUGGCAAGGGCUGCUGUAUGGCGCGGAUCGAAGUCAUUUUGUGUACCGUACACGCCGGGUCGCCGGCGAAGAUGGCGUGAGUAGGAGUUUAGUGGAUACCAGCACGGCAGCACGGACUAUUUAUUAUCGACCGGUGAAGUGGUGCGCCUGGUGCUGUUGCGCUAGAUGAUUACGGUUCGGUUGGGGUGGGGAAGGGUAAACUGAUUGUACCGGUUAGAAGAACACAGGGUGAGCGAGUACCGCCGUAGACCAGGAGGACGACUCAUGCUGUGGUUUGGUGUGCUGAGGAGCUCCACAGACCUCGUGCGUUGCACCUCUAUCUUCCGACCGACACAGGUCGUGCGCGCAACCAACGCUUAUAUAGCUGAUUAGCUGCUUGAGAGUGAAGCCAGUACGACACUGCGUUCUCUGGUCAUCAGGUCCAAGGGGCGGGCGGUUCAAGGCUGGCUUUCUCUGCUUGGCAUGGUUCGUCUUAGUUAGCAUUCGCAAAUAUUAAUGGUGUUGGGAACACGGAUCGUGGCGCCCAGGGGGCCGUGGUUUGGCCUGGCACUACCUGCAAAUGGUACUGGAU